UCCGUGGACCCUGUCCCUAGUGUCGAGACAUGUAGGAUGAAGAGGUUGCUUUUUUCUUUUCUGGUGCUUUCCGUUCUCUGCGCCACGCAGGCCGAAGAUGACAGGUGCAAUGGGAUCUGCGGGAGACGCCCGCUGGCCUCCAGCCACGGUGGGUCCGUGCGCAUCAUCGGUGGCACUGAUGCUCUGCCAGGAACGUGGCCCUGGCUGGUCAGCAUCCAGGUCCCAAGCCGCAAAGGGUUUAUCCAUAUCUGCGGCGGUUCCCUCAUCAGCUCUCGCUGGGUCAUCACGGCAGCCCACUGCUUCUUAGAUAAAAGGUUUCUGCGGCACUGGAAGCUGGUGAUUGGGGCUGCCCAGCUCUCUCAGCCUGGACCCGACAUGCAGACACGCAGCAUCAAGACCCUGGUGGAGCACCCCCAGUACCAGAGCCGGACGCAGCUGAACGAUGUGGCCCUGAUGGAGCUGAGCGAGCCCAUCAACUGCACCGACUACAUCCAGCUGGCCUGCUUGCCCGAGGGCGACGUGGACGUUUCGUCGUUGACGCACUGCUACAUCAGCGGCUGGGGAGUGACGAAUGUGGCAAGCGUCCUUCUGUUUCCAGAGGCAAGCCAGACGGCCGACAUCCUGCAGGAGGCCAGAGUGAACCUCAUCCCUCUCGAGAAGUGCAACAGCAGCAACUGGUACAACAACCGGAUCCACUACAACAACCUUUGCGCCGGGUACGAGCAAGGAGGCAUUGACAGCUGCCAGGGCGACAGCGGUGGCCCCCUGAUGUGUCGAGAGUCGAGGUCCGAGCGCUUCUGGGUCGUCGGAGUCACCAGCUGGGGGACGGGCUGCGCCAGGGCGUACAAGCCGGGCGUCUACACCGCCACGCAGCACUUCCUGGACUGGAUCAAAGGGGUCACCAAGGAGAACCUGUUCAGGCCCGGUCCCCUGGGAACGACCAAAGCGAGCCCCUCGCCCAAGCCCUCCCUGACACGGCCAACGGGUUGGCCAUGGCACCAGACGGGCCCCCAGUAUACAAACCGUCCAUUUGGGAACUGGGCCAGUUCUCGGCCCUGGCCGCCCCCGCGGCCGAAGCCCAGGCCUCCUGCGUGGCAGCAACCGGCAUCUCUCAACCAAGUCCAGCAGUACGAGAACUGGGCCCACGCCCAGACCAAGGCCUCCACCGUGCCGGUGAUGACCAACCCCCCAGUUUGGCCGGUACCGACCCAGCCCCGCCCGCCGCGGCCGCUGCCCACACGGCCGGUGUGGGGGACCCAGAACAUCAACAACUGGAACCCAGGGUGGGUGCCGGCCCCCAGGCCUCCUCUCCAAACUAGGCCCCCGCCCCCUCCAACGUGGGCAUCGUACCAGACCUGGGGCCAGUGGGGCCUGACGCGGCCGACCCUCAGGACCAGCCCCCCGCCUUCCCUCUAUGGUGGGCAGCCGCCGUUCCAGAACUGGAACAUGGGAUUGACGAGGCCUCCCCUCAGAACCACCACCCCACGUCUACCCACGGGAGAGACCCACUGGCUGCCACACACCCACUGGCAGCCACCGACCCAGUGGCCGCAGCUGACUCAGCAGUGGCCGGGGCAGACUCAGUGGUUGGGACAAACCCAGUGGCCGGUACAGACGUGGCCCUGGUCUCGGCCUGCGGGCGGAGGGGGUUACCAGCAGUGGGGCCCAAGGGGGCCCAGGGCCCACAAAUAAGCCCCCUUGCGGCACCUCCGCCUGGGCCUUUGGCCCACUGGGUGCCCGGCCCCAAACUGGACUUGCCGGACAAACGCGGGCGUGCCAGCUUCAGCCAUGGGCGUGCCCCCUCUUUCCCCCUCACCAGGCCCCAUAAACCCCCCCCAAGCAGGAUCACCCAGAGAUCUGGAUUCCCAGAGAAGCGUGGGAUCUUUUAUGUUGUCUUUAAAGGAGAGAGAGAGAAAGAUAUUUUGAGCUGCUUUGACAAGCCGGGAAAAAUGCUGGGAGGGCUCCAGGAGAAAGCCAGCCAGCCUUGUUGGGUGCAGAGGGGAAGGACUGAACGGCCACUGCAUCGGCCACUUGCGACUCACACUGGGAGGCAAAAACCCACCCAGGGAUCCUGCCUGUGACCAAUACAUUUUUUAAAAGACGACGAGGAGGAGGAAGAAAAGUGGGCAGGUGUUGUCUUUCCAUCGCUCCCAGCAGCUGCUGCCUUUUGACGGGAUCUUUUGGUUCUGCUCGUCCGGAAUAAAC